AUGGAGAGUAUAGAUGAAAGAAGAGAGCUUCUUCUAGGUCAAGCAGAGAUAUGGAAACAGAUGUAUAGCUUUGCAAAUUCAGUGGCACUGAAAUGUGUUGUGGAGCUUGGCAUACCCAACAUUCAAAACUCUCACAAUCGCUCGUUAUCACUACCCGAAAUCGCCUCUAACUUCACGAAUUCAUCAUCACCAAACAUCUUGUAUCUCUCAAGAGUCAUGGAUCUAUUAGUCCAUAACAAAAUAUUCACUUCUACUACAAUUCCGAUUAACCCGGAAAAUGAAAAAGAUUCUUUCUCCAGCGGCAAGCUCUACGGCUUAACGCCGGCCUCACGUUGGCUCAUAAAGGAUGAAAACGGCCUGAGUCUUUCGCCAGUGGUGUUAUUGGCUCAUCAUGGAUGUGAAAUCUACGAUUUGGCCAGAAAACAACCGGAAUCCAAGAAGCUUCUCCAUGAUGGAAUGGUGCACAUCGGAAACAUUGUCAUGGACAGAAUCGUUAACGGCAUUAAAGAAGAGGCAUGGGAGGGUUUAGAUUCCAUUGUGUACGUUGGUGGUAGAACUGGCCAUGCGAUUGCUAAGAUUGUCAAGAAAUAUCCACAUAUUAAAGGGAUCAAUUUUGAUUUGUCCCAUGUGAUUGAAACAGCACCAGAGCACGCCGGAGUUACUCAUGUUGCCGGUAGCAUGUUUGAUGCCAUACCUUGUGGCUAG